AUGGCAGAGCAGCCUGUAAGGAAGAAGAGGAAAGUCUCCGAGAAGACCACUGGCGUAUCCGGUUCUGAACCAAAAGCCAAGCCAAACCCAGAUCAACUACCCAAACGUACUCUCUAUCUAAACAAUCUAGGCGAUCACAUAGGCUCGAACAAGCUACGCACAAACCUGUAUCUCCUAUUUUCGAUUUAUGGCGAGGUGAUAAAAAUAACAGUCAACACCAGAAGACUAAGAGGUCAAGCGUUCGUGACAAUGAGGACAAUCGACGAAUCAAAUCUCGCACUUAUCUCACUGAAUAACGAACCCUUCUUCGGCAAACCAUUGGAAAUCAGCUUCAGUAACAAUGAUACUACACGAUUGGAUUGA